AUGUCGAUAGUGGAAUGGCAUAAUGUGCCCGAGUUUGAAGAGAACUUACCACCAGAUGAAGAUGUCGAUGGUGAGGAUCAAAGAGAGCCGCCGGAUGUAGACUCUGAUGGUGAGGAUCGAAGAGAGCAUCGUGAGUUCGAUAUUGAGGAAGCCUUAUCUCAGUUUUGUGAUGAGCCUCCUGUGAUGCAUAAUGUAUAUCCGGAUACAGAGGAUGAUGAGGAGCAACAAAGUGCUAGAAGGCGCAACAACAUCAGAAGAGGUGAUGGUAACUUGUACUUGGAUAAAGUCUUCAUUAGCGGCAUAGCUUUUAAAGAAGCUGUACUCGAUUACGCUCUGAAAACUGGUCGAAAUAUUAAGCAGACGAGGUGGGAUAAAACAAAGCUCAGGUUUUGCUGUAAUGGUAAAGGGUGUUCAUGGCGUGUGUUUUGCUCGCUUGGCUCUAAGAAUAAGUGGAAGAUAUCGAUCUUUCAGGCGAAGCAUACUUGUGCACCUAAUGGCACUUGUACAAUGCUUAAGGUUCCUCAAAUUGCCCGUUUGUUCAUCGACAAGAUUCGUGAAGAGCCAACCUACUUUAUGCCGAUGAAGAUUGAAGAAAUGAUCAUGCAGAAAUGGGGAAUAUCUGUGACAAGAGCUCAGUGCCAACAUGCUAGAAAUAAAGCUUUAAGGUGGAUUGAUAGAGAGUAUGCUGAGCAGUUUUCACGUCUCCGUGAUUACAAAACUGAGAUAGAGGUGUCAAACCCUGGAUCUUCGGUGGAGGUUGAUUGUAUCACAAAUGAGAAAGGAGAACAUGUCUUCCAAAGGUUUUACGUGUGUUUUGAUAACCUUAGACGGUCAUGGAAAGAAUAUUGUAGGCCGCUUAUUGGAGUUGAUGGGUGCUUUUUGAAAACCAUUCAAAAAGGAGAGUUGUUUGUUGCUAAUGGUCGAGAUGCAGAGAAUAAAAUCUAUCCAGUAGCAUGGGCAGUCAAGAUCAAGAAAGAUUUAGACUUAGGAGAUGGAGAUGGAUACGUUUUAGUGUCUGAUCGUCAAAAGGGCUUGAUAAAUGCUGUUAAGAGAGAGUUGCCUGGGAUUGAGCAUAGAAUGUGUGUUAGACACAUCUACAUAAAUCUCAAGAAAGGGCAUAAAGGACCGGAUCUUAAGGGUUUAAUUUGGCAUCUUGCUUGGAGCUACAAUGAGAUAGAUUACAAAGAAAACCUGGAGAAGAUAAGGCGCUAUGAUGUCUCUCUUUAUAGUGAUUUGUUGAAAACAAAACCAGAAACAUGGUGUAGGGCAUACUACAAGUUAGGGCCAUAUUGUGAGGAUGUGGAAAAUAACUCUGUGGAGUCAUUCAACAAUUCUAUAGGUAAAGCAAGAGAGAAAGAUCUAGUCCCAAUGCUGGAAACCAUUGCAAGACUUGCAAUGGUUCGCAUAGCCAAAAGAGAUGUCAAAGCAAGCGAUCACGAAGGCAUUUGCACUCCAUAUGUGAGUAAAUACUUGGCGGAGUUGCAUGAGAAAGCAAAAGACUGCAUUGUGAGGCCAUCCACAAACAAGAUGUAUGACUCCCAAAUCGGUGGAUGUACUUAUCGAGUCAGCUUGGGAAAUAGAACCUGUACAUAUAGAAGAUGGGAAAACACCGGCAUUCCUUGUGAACAUGCAUACGGCGUGAUGUUAAAGAAAGGACUAGAAGCUCAGGACUUUGUUUGUCACUGGUUUAGGACCAGCAAGUGGAGGAGCAUCUACAGAGACGGCCUUGUUCCAAUAAGAGGCGCAAAGUUCUGGCCAGUUGGAGAUGAACCGCGAAUAGUUCAGCCUCAUAUUCCAGACAUGCCUGGCCGACAGAAAGUUACUAAAGCUGAUAAAAAAAGAAAGAGAGGAGUGAAUGAAUCACCCAAGAAGAAGAAAGACAAAGUGUUGAAGAGGACAAUGCAUUGUCGUAUUUGUGGCAAAGAGGGUCAUAACUCACGUUUUCACAAGAAGAAACCGAAUCAGGAUUUUCUAGGUGAAGCAUCAUCCUCUCAGGUUGAAUCUUCACAAGGAGUUCUCACUCAGCUGAGGAUUGAAGAUGUGGAUUGA